AUGAUAUGCUCUGGUGAGAAAUACAAACUCCAAGCAGGUUAUGGCAUCUACAGGUACAAAGACCCGACAGAGGAACGCCAGAUAGAUUGGGCCGGAUCGGGCCCUACAAAAAACCAGAAUAGGCGAGGGAGCCACGACCCCACACACAAGGCCCUACAAGGCCCCUCGCCCUCCUCGGCCACAUUAGGGGUUCGCUAUGGAGCCCCACAACAUCCGGUUUGGGAGGCGGUGCCGCAAAAUGGUGAUGCGGGUUCUGGAGGUGUGGCAUUUGUAGCCUGCAGGGGUGAAACACAGACACAAACUGGGUUCGGUCGCAGCAGUCACCCCAUACGCCCAGGAAGGAAAUCUUGCUACCCUCAGGAAACUCCUCUGACAAAGGAGACGCGUCGCGUCCGAGGAACCAGGCAAAUGCAUCCGAAUCGCAUGUUCCGUUUCCUUCUCUGCGCCCUCCGGACUCCAAGGAUGAUGCAUGACCCAUUGCAGGCAUUCAACGCAUCGGUAGAUCAGAUCACCCAUUUCGGUCUGGUCACGGUACAUCCCUGCGAUAGUGUCUUGUCAGCCCAACCUCACUUCAGAAUUACGAAAGGAUGUCAACCUUGUAACAACCCUGCUCCAUCUUCUCUUCUAGAGACCGCUCAUACUGCUCAUCAAGGCCGCAUCGGCAUGCCAUUAGUUUGGGGAGGCGGUGCCGCAGAUGUCAGCUUGAAAAGAUUUGUGGAUGAGGGCAUGAAGUCACCUGGGAGGCGCUGCCCCAGUUGCCCUCUCACUACUCCCAAUGCCGGCCCUCUUUCUCAAGCCUUCGCUUCGAAUUUGAGGCUCAGACCGACAUUGGUCUUCUGCACAUCAGAUGUGAUGACCAUGAAACUCGACGUUAUAUUUCCCAGAGCCCGGCCAGAGAUGCCAACCAUCUCUGCGGCCCCUCUUUCUGGAAAAGGACGUCCACACCAUGCUAUCCCAGCACCCCCGUCAUAUUUUCGUUUUCUCUGUGACAAGCUGAAAUUGAAGAUUCUUGCCAUUCUCCCGUUGAACCCGAGAGGGUACAAGUCGAGAAUCGGUGAGGUUGAUCAUCAGACCACCCAUUUCAGUCAGGUUGUAGUAGGAUACCACUGCAAUGGUGUCCUUGAUCCCAACCUUAUAACAAACCCGCUCCAUCUUCACAGACCGCUCGUCGAAGGUCCCAUCGGCAUGGAAGACUUGGGUAGAAAAGACAGCAUUGGUGGUAUGAUUGAUGAGGGUGGGAAUUUGGCAACACCGGAGGCGGUCACAGAAUUUACCACUGUCGUGACGCGGGACGCAUGUGCUUUGCACUGCCGUCUGCACAACGGAAUUUGGAAAACCUGUUUCGGGGAGAAACAGACCACUUCAUCCAACAAGGCCUAA